GCUGGAUCUCAGUCUGAGCGCAGCCGCUGAAGCUCUUGAAUCUGUCACAUGGGGCCGAGGAGGAGAAGAAGCUCGCUUCCUGAAAUGAUCCUCGUCCCCGACUGGACGCUUUCUCAUUUUUCUGUUUAUUCCUCUGCCACAACCUCGCGUCGCGGUUGAUCUUCUUUCGUUUUCAUUUCGCCCGAGCGUCGCUGCCGAUGAUGAUCAGCAAAGUUAAAAACGCCAUGUCCAGUCUGGUGGGGGGGAUGAUGCCGCACGGACACCACAACCAGCACCAGCACCACAACCAUCACCCGGGCGGCGGCGGCCAGAGCUGCGGGGCGGACAGCCUGCCGCCGCGCUUCCCCUACGGCCGGCCGGAUUUCCUGGAGCUCACCCCGGAGCUCCUGCAGUACUCCACGGAGCACGCGUCACGGCCGGUGCUGACGCUGAAGAGGGGCAGCAGGCUUCCCUGGAGGACGGGAUACGCAGAGGUGAUCAACGCCGGGAAGAGCAUGCUGAACGAGGACCAGGCGUCCUGCGAGAAGCUGUUCGUGAGGAAGCCGAGCGGCAAACACAGGAACUCCACUCUGCUGGAGGAUAACGGGGAUGGCACAGGGAUUCCUCUCCACUUCUGGGGUGUGUUUGACGGACACGCGGGGUCCGGGGCCGCCAUCAUGGCCUCCAAACUUCUUCACCGCCUCAUCCGAGACCGCCUGGGAGAAGUCUGCCACCUGCUGGAGAAUCCCACCACCGCACCUCCCAUCUGCCUGGCCAAGAACGGCAGUCCGUACCAGGUGGACACGAAGAAAGGGGCUGCCCAGGAGUCAGAGGACCCCGAUGCCAUCAGCGACGCGGCGGUGCGCUUCCACAUGGAGAAGGUGGUUAGUUUGGAGAGUCUGGUGAUGGGAGUCAUAGAGACGGCCUUCAAACAGAUGGACGACCUGAUCGAGAAGGAAAAAGCAUCGUAUGCCAUCUCUGGUGGGUGCUGUGCCUUAGCUGCCCUUGAUUUAAUGGGGAAACUCUAUGUGGCCAAUGCUGGAGACAGCAGGGCCAUAAUCAUACGGAACAAUGAAGUUAUUCCCAUGACCAACGAGUUCACACCUGAGUCGGAGAGGCAGCGGCUGCAGUAUCUGGGCUUCCUGAGGCCGGAGCUUCUGGGUAAUGAGUUCACUCACAUUGAGUUCCCUCGGAGGAUCCAGCACAGUGAGCUGGGGAAGAAGAUGCUCUACAGAGACCACACCAUGACCGGCUGGGCUUACAAGUCAAUCGUUGAAGAUGAUCUGAAAUUCCCCCUGAUAUAUGGGGAGGGGAAAAAGGCUCGUGUCAUGGCCACAAUCGGCGUGACCCGCGGGCUGGGAGACCAUGAACUGAAGGUGUACAACUCCAACAUCUACAUCAAGCCCUUCCUCUCAUGUGUUCCUGAGGUGAAAGUUUAUAACAUGGACGAAAACAAGCACGGCCCAGACGACGUCUUGGUCAUGGGCACAGAUGGAUUGUGGGACGUAACCACGGACAGGGAAGUGGCAGAUGCUGUGUCAGCCUACUUAUCCGGCAGUGACCCCUCUGAUCCCAUGAGGUACACCCUGGCGGCCCAGGACCUGCUGAUGAGGUCUCGAGGAGUGCUGAAAGAGCGCGGCUGGAGGCUCCCCAAUGAAAGGCUGGGCUCAGGUGAUGACAUAACCGUGUUUGUCAUCCCGCUGGCGGGGUGCGAGUCAGAGACAUGACGUGAUGUCGCAGUGGCCCGCUAAGACAGCGCUGACUCGUCAGGGUCGCUCCAACCGUCCCUCCAAGCUCCCUUAACCCCCGGACCGAAGGGGCGUCGGGAGAUAAAAACACCUUUGCUGUGCUGACCUAUUUCGUCAUAUGACACUUUUCAUUGAACCGCUGACCCUGUGUCAACCCACAUAUGACUCAUAAAACAUAACUGAACCCUUACUAUAGCGACGACUCUGGUCUGAGCCGCAUCGACCUCUAGAUCCCGUCCCAGCCGCUUUACGUCAGCCCAAACCCGGGAUCCCAUCUCUUUCGAUCACCGUCAUGUAACAGAAGAUUCUCAGCGACGUUAUGAAGAGAAGUCAAAAUCCGCCUCCUUGACCUGCUGUUUGUAACAGUUGCCAGUGAGAAUUAAAAACCCUCGUAGUAUUUUUGUUUCCUGCUCAUGUUUGAGGCCGGACCGCUUCUCAAACCUUUGAACUGAUUCUUCAUUUUCAGGUCAUGGCCUAAAUGUGACUCUGUUUUUAAAAAAAAAAAUUUACAAUCUUACUUGGAAUGCAGGAGGGAAUGUGAGGAAACCAAAGAGAUGCCGCUAAGGCAUAAGGAUGGAAAUCUGUACAAAUAAAAAGAAAAAGGAUAAACAACAAAACAAAAAUAAUAGAUUCAUGUCUGUACAUUAAAGAAGCAUGGAGGUCGUUAAAAAACAGAGGAAUGGACCUUUACAGCACAGAACCUGAACAGAAUCAGUCUCUGUGUCUCCUCUGCGUCAGUAUUGAUGAGGCACUUGAAGACUUGUUGCACACUCUGUGGUAGCCCGUUGAUUUGUGAUAUCUUUCUACUGAAUGUGCUCAAAGAUGAUUCGUUUUAUUUUUCUCAUCGCCGUGAAGAGAACAGAGGGUCUCACUUGAGUUCAGAUUACAAAUUUAAACCAUAUUUUCUUACAUUUUUCUUUGUUUUAUUUGUUUAACCCAUAAACUGUAUUUAAAGAUGGACGAUGCUUCUCCGCCACUUCUCGUUGUACGAAAAUUAAGCUAAAAUAUGCCGGAUACACGUGCAGCCAUCUUGAGAUUUUGAUGUAAUUUGGAAAAAGAGUCUGCGCGGAUCGCGGAGUCGAGCCACUGUAUCCAGAUACACGUGCUCGGCCAAUAGCGAGUCAGUCUCAGUGAUGUUAGCGCACCAAAUAAAAACAGAUUUACCAAAAAUGUCUCUUGAACGUAGCUCAAUGUGAUAAGAACUACCUUAAAUUACAGAAACGAUCGUUGGGUAAAAUGUAUUAACGUGUAUUCUGUUUAGUUUGGUUCAUGCCCAUUGUGGAAAGGGAGUUUCUGACCUAUACUGCAGCCGUCCAACAGGAGGCGAUCAAGAGGAUUUGGCUUCUCUUUUGGGAAUCUGUCAUGUCCAUCUUUAUAUAAAGUGUAUGAUUUAAUAUAAUUUCAGUUUAGGGAGAACUUGUGUACUACCUACACGAGGUAGUCCAGAAUGAAUGGGAGCUAAUGGAGCUGUGAUCCUGAAACAAAUCAUUUAAAUUUCUCUGUUUUUGAUAUUAGGGGUAGAAACAGUAGAUAUUGUUCCAUUAGUUUCACCAGAUCCUGUUGUAUGAAGUUAAUAACGCCACCAUGAUAAGUUAGCAUCUGCUACAUUAGCCUAAUUUAGAUUUGGCUGUUCCCCCUGGUCCUCCCCGAGUGAGGAGAGGAAACAGCGUCCUUUCAAAAUCAGUCGUUAAUCCAUAACUGACCAAUUAGCACACGUUAGCAGAAUGCUAGCUCGAUAUAGGCAAAAUCGCUCUCACUGCUAGCAAAACAAAGCAACAUUUUUAUUAUGUUUAAUUCAAACUGAUAUAUAAACAAUACUAUAUUUGGCAAAAUUAGAAGCACGUGUAAAUAAAUUAUUUAGCUCCAUUCAUCGAGAACUACCUCGCUGCUGCCCUCUAGGGGAAUUGCAGCCAAUAUUGGUACAACGGCAUUAACAGGAAGUUGUCAUGCUGUCCUUAAAUCGGCUCUGGUUUAACCCUCUGAUAAAUGUGUUGAUGUAGUAAGAUGUGAUGAACUUCACACUUAAGCCUUAUUAAGACUGAGAGGGACUUUUUUUCUGCACUAAUUUGAUCCUUAUAGACGUAGCUAAGAAUGUUAAAUGCCCUUUCAUGUACUGGAUACCUCUUUUGUACCAUUUCUGUUGUAUCAUGCUGUUGUUCAGAUUAUCCAUAUAUUUCAAGUCAACUUUGGUUGGAAGCAGUAUCCGCAUUUAUAUUUUUUACAUUUCUAUCCAUACUUGUUUGUUGUUUAGAAAGUUGUUGCAUCCUAGAAAAUCGAGCUACCGAAAUGUGAGGUAGAAGGAGAAUGUGGACCAGUUUAGAAAUAAAUCUGAUUUUUCCCAAA